AUCUUCCACUUGGUAAGAGUAAAUAUCCAUAAAUGAAAUAAUGUAACCUAUAAAAGAGUUAAAAGACUUCUUAAACCACAAUUUAUCAUUAGUUUAUGGACACUCAAUGUCCUAUUCUUAACGGAAUUACAUAUUAACUUCAAGAACAAAGUUUCCAACCAUAAAUCAUCCAUGUUUGGUAAUCCUCAAGCGGCUUGUACCUGAACUGUUUAAGAUCAUUCUUCCUUAGCACUCAAAAGUCUUGAAUUCGAUUCCUCCCUUUCCCAGCAUCGUUUGUGUCAAAAAGGGGAUUCCUGGCAACCCAUCUUCAACAUGACAGAGAGAAAUAACAAUUCCGGUAAAGAAAUUGUGUUGAAAGUAUUAAUGCAUUGUGAAGGAUGCCAAAGUAAGGUUUCCAAGUGUUUGACAAGUUUUGAAGGUGUUGAAGAGGUUGUGGUUGAUUACCCAAAUCAUAAAGUGACUGUGAAGGGGCAGAAAGCCGACCCUCUAAGGGUUUUGGAGAGAGUACAAAACAAGUUUAGUAGAAACGCUGAACUCAUAUCUCCAAUACCAAAACCAGAAAACAAACAGAAAAAGGAGCCCGAAAAGAAAGAAGCGGCUCCGCCUCAGGUGAAAGUUGUGGUUCUCAAAACGUUAAUGCAUUGCGAAGGCUGUGCAAUUGACAUUAAGAAAUACCUGGAGAAAAUAAAAGGUGUUCUAAGUGUAGAAGCGAAUAUGGAGAGCUCAAGGGUAAGAGUGAGGGGAAUAGUUGAAGCAGCAAAGCUGGUGGAAUACAUAAAGAAGGAAUUCGGGAAGCAUGCUGAGAUAGUGAAGCAAGAACAAGGUGAGGAGAAAGGGCAAGGAAAGGACAAGGCAGAUAACAGGGCAGAGGACAAGGUUAAUAAUAACAAGCAGCGCCCAGAAGGAGGAGGAGAAUGCGUAUUCCAAUAUCCACCUCAGUAUUCAACUCAGCACAUUUACCCUUGUCAAACAUUUAGUGAUGAAAACCCUCUUGCCUGUUCCACAAUGUAAAAACCGAUAGUAAAAUUUAGGAAUGCAACUCUUUCCUCCUUUCAGUUUCGGUUUGUCCAUGAACGAAGCGAUUUUCGGUAAACAAAAAGGUUCAUAAGAUUCAUCUGUAGAGCCGGCUCAAAUAAGUGAUUGAUGCCGUAUUAACUUGCAUUAAGACUUGAGAGGGAGGGAUUGGUAUAUUAAGAACACAUUGACAUUCCUCAUUUUCGAAAUUCCAAUGGUGGGCAUAAAAAGCACACCGAGAGAAUUCCAAUAAGGCGAAAAAGCAUGCCACACAACAGGGAAAAGUAAAGUUAAUACCAAAUGGUAAUCUUUGUCUGCAUUUUACAGAUGAUUCUUAAUUUCAGAG